AUGCGUUUUUUUAUUCCUGCCUUUGUGGCAGUAAAUUCAUUCUUCUUAUUUGCCUAUGGUGAAUCGAUAACUUAUAAAGUGAUCUCUACUCCUGGAAGCAAUCACACUAUGGGUGUAGUUGUGAAUGGCAAACCAUAUCCUUUACAACCUUCUAAAGAUAUUCCUAUCUUACAUUCUGGUUCCGCUCCUUCUGGUGCCUAUAGUUACGCGAAACUUGACAAAGGAAACAGUAUUGUGGAAAAAGAACCUUUUGAACGUCAACUCGAUCAAAACGCAACAAUGACUCUCAAUGAAUUCUACAACAGAACUUGGAAUACUCAACAUAUUACACCUUUACCGACUUUAUUGGAAAACUUGCCUACUAUGCAUCGAAUUGAUACUGAACUUCAUGACAAUAAUGAAAUACCUACCAUUUACAUCUCUGGCAAUCAAGAUCAAAUUAAUCUUAUGCAUUCUAAUACUAGUCUUGAUACAAAAGUUACUGUCGAUAUGCACUUUAUUAAAACAACCAAGAUUACUAGUUUAAAAGGUAUUCAAAUCUCACUAGCAGGACGAUCUUCAAAGUGGAUGGAUAAAUUAUCUUAUGGUCUCAAAAUUCCUAAAGGUCAAGAUUUAUUUGGUUAUCGACGAUUGAAACUUCGUGGUUUACGUGCAGAUCCUUCCUACAUUCGUGAAAUUCUCUGUUUUGAUAUGAUGAAAUCCAUGGGUUUACCUGUAUCUGGUGCAUCUUACUCACGUGUCAUUAUGAACGAUACUCCUAUUGGUUUAUUUUUGAUGAUUGAAGCUUAUAAGAAUCCUUGGUAUGAAAACGAAUUCAACAAUGGCAAGAAAUUCAAAGAUGGACGAGGAGCAACUUAUCAAGGUAUCGGUACUGUAUCGGAUCUAUCUUACUUUGGCGACAAUAUCACUAAAUAUGAUGGUCCUUACAAAUCUGAAGAAGAUCCUGAUAAAAAAGGAAAGUCUCAAAGCUCUGGUUUGGAUAAAGUCAUGUCAUUUACAAAGUUUUUAUCUGAAGCACCUACUACAACUCCCGAUGCUGUAAAAGUAUGGAAUGAACAUAUUGAUAUGGAAAGUGUUAUCAGAAGUCUGGUGGUUGAAAUUGUUGGUGGCUUUUCUGAUGGUUAUCUUGCCAAUGCAGAUAAUUAUUUCUUAUAUGACAAUUUGAAGGAAAAACGGUUCACUUAUUUGGCAGCUGAUUUUGAUACAACCAUUGGAAAUACAAUUGUCAAAUUAGCGGAUCAGUGGUCAGGCAAUUAUAGUCAAUAUCCAGGAUUUUCCUUCCGUCCACUUGCACAAAAGAUGAUUCAAGUACCUGAAUUCAAGUCUCGAUUCGAACAACUCCUUCACAACGCAUCUCAACAACUCAUUGAUCCUAAACAUACCAACCCUCGCAUUGAAGAUUUGGUCAAGAUGAUUCGACAAGACGUGGAUUGGGAUUACAGCUUACCAAAGAUGAACAGCAAGCCUGCUAUUGAUCCUAGUAUGAAUCCUUUUAUGCAAGCAGGUUCACUUCCUCCUCCUCUCUAUAUGGGUUCUAUUGAAGAUUUGAUGAAACGACCACUAUUUGAUUUCGACACCGCUGUGAAUGGACCGACAAAUCAUAUCAGUUUACCUGGGGUGAAAGAAUGGUUCCAACAUCAAAGCAAAGCUAUUCAAGAUUAUUUUGCUCAACAUCCCCCACAAUAGUUUAUUUAGUAUGAUCAUUUAGUUUAGAUAAUUUUUAUUUGUAUACUC